UCGUCUUUGCUUUUUUGGAGUCAAGAAGACUCACACAAACUCAUAAGAUUAGAAAGCAGAGCACAACUCGUGUAUUGGAUUUGGAGGUUGUGGUUGUGGUCGUGGGCUCCAAUCUCCAAUGGCAAUGGAUCCUCAACCAGACCCACUUGCCUCUCCGGACACCUUAUCGGAGGUCGUCGUCGAUUCUACUUCCGGCGCCGCAUUCCGCCACCUUCGGUCUACUGUUUCUGAUAAUAACCAGGAAAGUAGUAGAUGGGGGACUCUGCUACUUGCCUACAAGACACUGGGAGUGGUUUUUGGAGGACUAGUUACAUCCCCACUCUAUGUAUACCCUUCGAUGCCAUUAAAAUCUCCAACAGAAGAUGACUAUCUGGGCAUCUAUAGCAUUAUGUUUUGGACUCUUACUCUUACUGGGGUUGUCAAGUAUGCUUGUAUAGCUCUCAAAGCAGAUGAUCAAGGCGAAGGAGGGACAUUUGCUUUGUAUUCAAAACUUUGUAGGAAUAUGAAUAUUGGAAUUGUUUCUCGAAAAUAUUCAAACUCGAACAAUGGCUUAAAGAACCAGAGUGCACUUGGGAAGUUUUUUGAGAGAAGUAUAGUGGCAAGAAGGGUGUUGCUUUUCAUUGCCAUAUUAGGCAUGUGCAUGCUAAUUGGAGAUGGGAUACUCACACCUGCAAUUUCAGUUCUGUCAGCAAUGGAUGGAGUAAGAGGACCCUUCCCUUCUGUCAGUAAAUCUGCGGUUGAAGGACUUUCUGCAGCAGUUCUAGUUGUUCUGUUCCUCUUGCAAAAGUUUGGUACCUCUCGAGUGAGUUUCCUUUUUUCACCUAUUAUGGGUGCAUGGACAUUUUGUACCCCAAUGGUAGGUAUCUAUAGCAUCAUAAAGUAUUAUCCAGGCAUAUUUAAGGCUGUGUCACCACACUAUAUCUUCAAUUUCUUUUGGAGAAAUGGAAAGGAAGGCUGGUUGUUGCUAGGGGGAACCGUCCUUUGUAUCACAGGUUCUGAAGCAUUGUUUGCAGAUCUGGGUCAUUUUAAUAGGAAAUCUAUUCAGAUGGCAUUUUUGUUCACAAUUUACCCAUCUCUGGUUCUAACAUAUGCUGGGCAAACAGCAUACUUAAUCAACUAUCCAAAUGAUCAUGAUGAUGGGUUUUACAAGUUUAUACCAAAAAAGAUAUACUGGCCAAUCUUUGUGAUUUCCACAUUGGCUGCAAUAGUUGCUAGUCAGUCACUGAUAUCAGCCACUUUUUCUGUAAUCAAGCAAUCUGUGGUGCUUGACUAUUUCCCUCGGGUAAAGGUGGUGCAUACAUCACCUAGCAAAGAAGGCGAAGUUUACUCUCCCGAAGUCAACUACAUCCUCAUGAUUCUUUGUGUUGCUGUCAUACUUAUAUUUGGAGAUGGAAAAGAUAUUGGAAAUGCUUUUGGUGUUGUUGUCAUUCUAGUCAUGCUCAUCACCACCAUACUACUGACCUUAGUCAUGAUCAUCAUAUGGAGAACACCAUCUUAUCUUGUUGGUCUGUACUUCUCAGUGUUUUUCGUCAUGGAAGGAGUUUAUGUGAGUGCAGUCUUCACUAAGAUUCCUGAAGGUGGUUGGAUUCCAUUUGCCAUCUCUCUUAUCCUUGCCUUCAUUAUGUUUGGUUGGUUUUAUGGAAGACAAAGAAAGAUUGCAUAUGAGUUGACUUGCAAAAUAACCUUAGAGAGAUUAGGACAACUAAUAUCGGAUCCCAGUGUCCAGAGGGUACCUGGAUUGUGCUUCUUUUACACCAACAUUCAAGAUGGCCUAACUCCUAUUCUUGGACACUACAUCAAGAACAUGAAAUCCCUUCACAAGGUUACCAUUUUCACUACUCUUAGAUACUUACUGGUUCCCAAGGUGACUCCACAUGAGCGAAUUGUCAUCAACAACCUUGGCUAUAAAGGCGUCUAUGGCUGUGUGAUUCAGUAUGGCUAUGCAGAUCCCCUGAACCUCGAGGGAGAUGACUUUGUUAGUCAAGUUAUAAGUAGCUUACAAGCACACAUCCAAAGCAACUCAUGUCAUCUAUCAUCUGAAAUGACGGAAAUCCAAGAACAAAUUUCUGAUUUGGAAGAAGCAAGGAAAGCAGGAGUGGUUCAUGUUCGAGGAAAGACUAGAUUUUAUGUUGGGAACAACUGCGGUUGGUUUGACAGAAUCAUGCUCGCGUUUUAUGAAGUUUUGCAUAGUAACUGCAGGUCUGCUCUCCCUGCUUUGGGCGUGCCAUUGACACAGCGUAUCGAAGUUGGAAUGCUUUAUGAGGCAUAAAAAGGUUUCUUCUGUCAUUUUCAUUUUCCUUUGUUAUUCCUAAAAUGGCAAUCACCCGUUCAGGAUCUGCAUGUAGUGCUAUGAAGGAAGGGGGCGAUUGGUGGCUUAGGCGAGUCUAAGGAGGCCGACAUUGGUGGUUCCAGUGAGUCGAAGGAGAAACACAUGCAUGGGUCUAUCAAAUUGACCGAUCAAGUGUUGAGUACUUGAUAAGCUAUUCAGCUACUACGUAUAUAUUUCUUGUUGAGUCUAUCAAAUUGUAUAGUCUUUUAUGAUUUUUGCUUGCUUUUAAUUGUGAUUUGUUAUGGCUUGUUUUGAUAUUAUAUAGGAUGGGUUUGUAACAAUAUGUUUCAAAUUUGUUAACAAAUAUCAUGGCUUAAUAUAAAUCUGUUACAAUAUUGUUAAUGUUUGUUAUUACAUUUGCUCUAUAUUAUUUAUUGCAUAUCAUUUUCAUUUUUCCAUUGCAUCAUUUAAGUAUGAAGGGAAGCUUUACUCGUUUUUUGCAUUAUUGUAAUCUAGGGAUGCUCAUGUUGUAUUUUUUGUGUUUUUGGAUUCU